UCUAAUGCUUUAUGUUACUUUCACUGUCUGGAGCGGUUCAUGGGUCGACAAAGAAGGAAGCUACGCCUCGUCAUUGGCGUUCUCAAAGACAAAGCUUCUCUGGUGAAAGCGAGUCUAUCAACCAACCGUUACAACUCUUCCGCGCAGCGUUUGAUCGUCCACGCCACAACCCACAACAGUUCUUCGCCGCCGUCUGAUGACCGCAUAGCCGCCGUGAUCGCUCUCGGCCACGGCUCGCGCGCCACUGCAUGCGCCUGCAUAGAGAGCAUCACGGACCGUCUAGGUGGCACCCGCAACGCUUACGUUGCGCUAAAGUGCCUAUUCAUAAUCCAUAACAUCAUUAAAAGUGGCUCCUUUAUCUUGAAGGACCAGCUCUUGUUUUGCCCCUUGUUUGGUGGGAGAAAUUUUCUUAAUUUAUCCAAGUUUUGUGAUGAUUCCGACCCGGAUACGUGGGGUUUAUCGUCGUGGCUUAGAUGGUACGCUGCGUUUUUGGAGCGGAACUUGCAGAGGGUCUCUAAAAUUGAGUUGCCUCGACUGCAGAGCAAUUUUUCUGGUAAAGAAAUUAUUUUGGGCUCAAAUCUUUUGAGCUCGGAUUGGCUAAUGGAGGUGAAUAAUCUCGUGAGCUUCGUCGAACAAAUAUGUGACCCACCCGAUUCGUUGUAUCUUAAGAGUAAUGAUUUGGUCUACGAGAUCGUGGGAUUGGUGGGUGAAGAUUAUGGAUUGGCUCAGCGGGAACUCUUCGUCCGAGUUGGGCAACUCGUGGGAAGAGUUAUGGGCUUAAGCAUUACCGAGUUGACUCAUUUACUGAGCUCCUUGAACAGGCUGGAGGUUUGCAGAGAGCGCGCGCGGUUGUUGUUUGUAAACAAGAAGAAGAACGAUAGCUUAUGGGAAUUAGUUGCGGAAACAAAGAAGAUGGUCGUCGAGGCAUUGACGACGAAGAAGACGAAGAGAGAUGGGGAGAUGAUGGUGAUUAGACUCGGAGGUGGUAGAUCAGAGUCGUAUGAAUUGACUCAGUUCGGAGUCUUUGGACAAGGCUUUGCAGAGCCGAGUCAGGAACUGGCCCAAUUUGGUUCUGGUAGCGUGUGGCUCGGCCUAGACAGGGUUUCUCUGGUCGCUUCCGCAAGAGGAUGAUGAUGCAUGUCGUUGAAAUUGACGGGCAUUUUCAUUAUUUCAAAUUUUCCUUGGUUUGCCGCUGUAAACACGAAAUAUGAAUUAUUUGUAUUUUACAUAUUAAUAUAUA